UUCCCCACAUGGGAUUAGGUGUGCGCCAUAAUUUUCUGCAAUAAUUAUUGACAGAAGGGAAACUAUUAACUUAUUUUUCCCUAUGGUUUUGGAACAGUUCAGCAAUCUUGUUGGUUACUGCUUCUCUUCCAAAGAGAAUCUCCCUUCCCUCCUUCAACACACAUUUCUAGAAGUCGAUUCUCUAAAAUAUCGACUUUUCUUACCGCAGUCGCGGUCGCCUCCUGCUAACACUAACCUGCAACUUCGUCUGAAGUUCUAAGGAGAGGCCAAAGCAAGCGACUGCAUAGAAGAUGGCUUGCUUGAAACUGGGAUCAAAACCUGAUGCCUUUCACCGCCAAGGGCUGGCCUGGUUCUGCCCUACCGGCCUUCCCAGCGAUGUUACAGUUGAAGCUGGGGAAAUGUCCUUCCAUCUUCACAAGUUCCCUCUUUUAUCCAAGAGUAUACUUCUUGAAAAGCUGAUUGCUGAGCAAUGCAAGGAAGAAGAGGAGGGCUGUUUUAUUAAGCUUCCUGACAUUCCUGGUGAUUCAAAAUCCUUUGAACUAGUCGCCAAGUUUUGCUAUGGCGUGAAGCUAGAACUGACUGCUUCGAAUGUGGUAUCCCUUCGCUGUGCCGCUGAGUUUCUACAAAUGACUGAAGAAGUAGCCGAGGGGAACUUAAUUUCACAGACUGAAACAUUCAUAAACCAAGUUGUACUCCUUAGCUGGAAAGAUUCCUUGAAAGCCCUCCAAACAUGUGAAGAUCUUCUUCCUUACGCUGAAGAUCUUAACAUUGUGAAACAAUGCAUUGAAUCAUUAGCUGUUAAGGCUUGCAAAGAUCCGAAUUUGUUUGGUUGGCCUAUGAUGGAGCAUGGAUCGAUGCAAAGUCCUGGUGGCAGUGUCCUCUGGAAUGGAAUAAGUACUGGAGCUAGAACAAGAAUUUGUAGCUCUGAUUGGUGGUAUGAAGAUGUCUCAUCUUUGAGUUUUCCUACAUAUAAGAGGGUGAUAGCAGCAAUGGAAUCCCGAGGUAUCAAACAAGAAGUUAUUGCUGGUUCUCUAACCUGCUAUGCGAAGAGGUAUAUUCAUGGAUUAAACAAGAGACAGAACACAUCAAAUGCAACCUUGGAUACUGCACCGUCCGAGGAGAAACAAAGAAAUCUUCUUGAAGAAAUUGACAGAUUAUUGCCCUUUCAAAAGGGCGUAACAUCGACAAAAUUUCUGUGUAAUCUUCUCCGCUUUGCUUUGAUAUUGAAAGCAAGUUCUACGUGUGUGUCUAACCUGGAAAGUAGGAUAGGAAUGCAACUGAGUGAUGCUGCUUUGGAAGAUUUGCUGAUGCCUACAUUUUCAUACUCCAUGGAAACACUUUAUGAUGUUGAUUGCAUACAGAGAAUUCUCGAGCACUUCCUAGCCAUGGAUCAGGAGAUUGGUGGUGCCUCUCCAGAUCUUGUAGAUGAUGAACAAUUGAUCGGUUCUCUGUCAUUGACGCCAAUAACCACUGUGGCUAAACUUAUUGAUGGUUUUUUGGCCGAGGUUGCAUCUGAUGUUAACUUGAAGUUACCAAAGUUUCAGUCACUUGCAGCUGCUGUUCCUGAGUAUGCCCGUCCCUUGGAUGAUGGGCUUUAUCGUGCUAUCGAUAUAUACUUGAAGGCACACCCAUGGAUAUCAGAAUCAGAGAGAGAGCAACUUUGCCGGUUGAUGGACUGCCAAAAGCUCUCUCUUGAAGCCUGCACUCAUGCAGCACAAAAUGAGAGGCUUCCUCUAAGAGUCAUCGUCCAAGUUCUUUUCUUUGAGCAGCUUCAACUUAGAACCUCCAUUGCCGGAUGCUUCCUUGUCUCAGAUAACCUUGAUGGUGGUUCUCGAGCACUGAGAAGUGGUCAUGUGGGCCCAACUGAGGGUGGUGGUUGGGCCAUUUCUAUGAAGGAUAACCAGAUAUUGAAGGUUGGGAUGAAUCACAUGAGGAUGCGUGUCUCUGAACUUGAGAAAGAGUGCUCGACGAUUAGGCAAGAGAUCGAGAGACUGGGACAGGGGAGAAGUGGGUGGACUGUUGAUCCUAAGAAGUUUGGCUUCAAGCUCAAGUUACUGAUGUGCAGUGCAAAGGAGGACUCAGUUAAUGGCCAUCAAAGGAGCAAAAGUGAAAAGAUUGAGAGGCUUCAUGCAAAGCUUCCAAGACAUAAGAGGAGCACAAGUAUAUCGAUUGAAAAGUAAGCUACCCUACUCAGCUACUUCAUGUUAGUUUUAUUUUUGUAUGAUUUAUACGUUUCAUUCUUUUCAAUUGACAAUCUCUGAUGGAUCUUUAUCCUCUCUUGUUGGCUCUA